AUGAGCUGUGGAAAUGAGUUCGUGGAAACAUUAAAAAAAAUUGGCUAUCCAAAGGCAGCUAUGCUUAAUGGAGAAGAUUUUGACUGGCUGUUUGAGACUGCUGAAGCGGAAUCGUUUUUGAAGUGGUUUUGUGGGAAUGUGAAUGAACAGAACGUGUUGUCUGAAAAAGAACUGCAAGCUUUCAGUCUUCUGCAGAAAUCAGGCAAGCCCAUCCUAGAAGAAGCCGCACUGGAUGAAGUUCUUAAAGCUUGUAAAACUUCUGAUUUGAAGACACACAGUGUAGAUGACAAAGAUCUAGAGAAAUUAGAGGAAGAGGUUCAAAUUCUUCAGAAACUAAAGAACCUAAAAAUCCAGCGACGUAAUAAAUGCCAGUUAAUGGCUUCCGUAAUGAGCCACAAAUCUCAAACGUUGAGCACUAAAGGAGAUGAAGCCACGAAAAAGCUGAAGCAGAGUCAAGGAAUUCUCCAUGCGAUGAAUACUAAAAUCAGUAAUGAACUUCAGGCUCUCACUGAUGGAGUUGCAAAGCUGAUGCUGUUCUACAGAUCUUCUUUAGGACAAGGGACAGCUCCAAUGGUGUUUUUGUCUCAGUUUUCCUUAGAAAAAUACCUAAGCCAGGAAGAGCAAAGUACAGCAGCAUUAACUUUAUAUACCAAGAAACAGUUCUUUCAGGGUAUACACGCAGUAGUUGAAAGUUCAAAUGAAGACAAUUUUCAAUUAUUAGAUAUACAGGCACCAUCUCUUUGUGACAAUCAAGAAAUCUUGGAGGAAAGACGGCUAGAGAUGGCUAGGCUGCAGCUGGCGUACAUUUGUGCUCAACAUCAGUUAAUUCAUUUGAAAGCAAGUAACUUGAGCAUGAAGUCAAGUAUAAAGUGGGCAGAGGAGAAUCUUGAGAUCCUAACCAGCAAGGUUGUUGGCAAAGAAAAUUUGGAAGCUAAAAUUUCUAGCUUGAACAGUGAGAUUCUGAAACUUGAAGAACAAGUCACUCAUAUGAAAAACAAAAAUUUGCCUGCUGUGGUGAAAGAGAAUGCCCAGUUAUUGAAUAUGCCAGUUGUAAAGGGGGAUUUUGAUCUGCAGAUUGCUAAACAAGACUACUAUACAGCAAGACAAGAGUUAGUUUUAAAUCAGUUGAUAAAGCAAAAGGCAUCAUUUGAACUUCUACAUUUAGCAUAUGAAAUUGAAUUGAGAAAGCAUUGGGACAUAUAUCGUCAACUUGAAAAUUUGGUUCAAGAACUGAAUCAAAGUAACAUUGCACUUGGCCAGCGAUUAGAAAUGCUAACAGAUCCAUCAGUAUCUCAGCAGAUAAAUCCAAGGAAUACUAUUGAUACCAACGAUUAUUCUACUCAUAGACUUUACCAACUUCUAGAAGGAGAAAAUAAGCAAAAAGAACUGUUUAGAACCCAUGGAAACCUGGAGGAAGCAGCAGAGAAAUUGAAACAGGAUAUUUCUGUAUUACAAGAUCAGCUGGCAGUAUCUUCUCAAGAACAUUUUUCCUUUCUGUCCAAACUGAAUAAUGGUGUUGACAUGCUCUGUGAUUCUUUGUAUCAAGGAGGGAAUCAGCUUUUGCUCACUGAUCAGGAGCUGCUGAAACAGUUUCACCAAGUUGAAUCUCACCUGAAUAAGCUCAAUCAUCUCCUUACAGAGAUCCUUGCUGAUGUGAAAGCAAAAAGAAAAAUAUUGGCAGCUAAUAAACUGCAGCAACUUGAAAGAGAAUUAUAUGUAUAUUUUUUUAAAAAUGAAGCAUAUCUACAAGAUAUCGUGGAGAAUUUAGAAAGCCAGUCAAAGAUUAAAGCUGUUGGUCUUGAAGAGUGA